UAUCAUUUUGUCUGCUAUGUUCAGUAUUUCAGUUACCUACUUGAUUUUCUCUUCCUCAAAAAUAACCGAACUAAAACAAGUUUGUGUACUUCUAUGUUCAUGAUUAAAUUCUUCAUGUAUCCAACCAUGGAAUUUUGGUUCUUUCAAUAACACAAGUUACACACACACUUAUGUGUCACAAGUACCAGGUUGUUUUAUAGGUACCAAAAAGAACUUAGGAGUUGGAAGUUAUUGAAUCAAGUUCUAAAUGGCUUCGCCGUUAGAGAUUGACGAAGAGAAUGAUAACAAAGGCAGUAUGUGGGAUUUGGAACAGAAACUUGACCAGCCAAUGGAUGCAGAAGCAGGAAGGCUCAGAAAUAUGUACAGAGAAAAAAAGUUUUCUGCGCUGUUGCUUCUACGACUAGCAUAUCAAAGUCUUGGUGUAGUUUACGGAGAUUUGGGAACUUCGCCCUUAUAUGUUUUCUAUAACACAUUUCCUCGUGGAGUUGAUGAUCCGGAGAAAGUGAUUGGCGCUCUUUCUUUGAUCAUAUACUCUCUUACUCUUGUGCCGCUGCUCAAAUACGUUUUCAUUGUAUUAAGAGCAAACGACAAUGGUCAAGGUGGAACACUGGCUCUUUAUUCCUUGCUCUGCCGACAUGCAAAUAUAAAGAUCAUUCCCAACCAGCAUCGUACCGAUGAAGAGUUGACAACAUAUAGCCGGACUACCUUCCACGAGAAGUCAUUUGCUGCGAAAACACAAAGAUGGUUAGAGGAACAAAAAUUUAUUAAAAGUACCAUUCUUAUUCUUGUCCUUGUUGGUACCUGCAUGGUGAUUGGAGACGGUAUUCUUACCCCAGCUAUAUCUGUUUUAUCUGCGGCUGGUGGCAUCAAGGUAAACAAACCCGAAGUCGAUAGCGGAGUAGUUGUGCUGGUUGCUGUUGUAAUAUUAGUUGGACUAUUCAGCAUACAACGUUAUGGUACAGAUAGAGUUGGUUGGCUCUUUGCUCCAAUUGUUCUGCUUUGGUUUCUUCUUAUUGGGGGUAUAGGUAUUUACAAUUUGUGGAGAUUUGGUGGCAGUGUCUUAAGAGCCUUUUCGCCUCUCUACGUGUAUCGGUAUCUAAGAGACGGACGCAAAGAUAGUUGGCUUUCCCUUGGUGGAAUCUUGCUUAGCAUAACAGGGACAGAAGCUCUUUUUGCCGACUUAGCCAAUUUUCCAGUGUCAUCUGUACAAAUUGCAUUUACUCUCGUGGUGUUUCCUUGCCUUCUUUUAGCAUAUUCUGGACAGGCUGCAUAUCUGGUGAAUAACUUGCAUCAUUCACAAGAUGUGUUUUAUCGUUCUAUUCCAGAAAAAAUAUACUGGCCGGUAUUUGUAAUUGCAACGCUAGCAGCAGUAGUUGCAAGCCAAGCCACAAUCACCGCAACCUUUUCAAUCAUUAAGCAAGCCCUUGCUCAUGGAUGUUUCCCAAGAGUCAAAGUUGUGCAUACAUCAAAGAAAUUCCUCGGCCAGAUAUAUAUUCCAGAUAUCAAUUGGAUCCUUAUGGUUCUUUGCAUUGCUGUUACUGCUGGUUUUAAAAAUCAAACCCAGAUUGGAAAUGCUUAUGGCACUGCAGUUGUGUUAGUCAUGCUGGUGACAACACUGCUGAUGAUUUUGGUCAUGAUAUUAGUUUGGCACUGCCAUUGGAUUCUCGUUGUUGCGUUCACUGGCUUAUCAUUGAUUGUGGAAUGCACAUAUUUUUCGGCUGUACUCUUCAAAAUCGAUCAAGGUGGAUGGGCUCCCCUUGCAAUUGCCGGAGUAUUUCUCAUUGUUAUGUAUGUUUGGCAUUACGGCACGGUGAAGCGCUACCAGUUUGAAUUGCAUAGCAAAGUCUCAAUGGCAUGGAUUCUCGGCCUCGGUCCCAGUUUAGGACUAGUCCGUGUCCCUGGAAUCGGCCUAGUCUACACAGAACUCGCAAGUGGAGUUCCCCACAUAUUUUCUCAUUUCAUUACAAACCUACCAGCUAUCCAUUCCGUUGUUGUUUUCGUUUGUGUGAAAUAUCUUCCUGUCUACACAGUCCCAGAGGAAGAGCGGUUCCUUGUCAAGCGUAUCGGACCAAAGAAUUACCACAUUUUUCGUUGUGUGGCACGAUACGGAUAUAAAGACCUACAUAAGAAAGACGAUGAUUUUGAGAAGAAACUAUUCGACAACCUUUUCAUGUUUGUUCGGCUCGAGUCCAUGAUGGAAGGUUGCUCGGAUUCGGAAUACAGUUUAUGUGAACCGCAAACCGAACAGUCGAGAGAUUUCAUGUUGAAUAACAAUGGAAACACAACUUCAUUGAGUAAUAUGGAUUAUUCCAUUUCAUCAGUAGAUUCAAUAGUUCCUGCUAGAUCACCAACAAAUGUGAAUGUUACUUUUCAAUCCUCUAAUAGUCACUAUACGGAGGUUGAUGAACUUGAGUUUUUGAACAACUGCAGAGAAGCUGGUGUUGUUCACAUACUAGGAAACACAGUUGUGAGGGCUAGUAGAAAUUCAAGAUUCUACAAGAAAAUAGCUGUUGAUUAUAUAUAUGCAUUUCUUAGGAAAAUAUGCAGAGAAAAUAGUGUGAUCUUCAAUAUUCCUCAUGAGAGUCUCUUAAAUGUUGGUCAAGUUUUCUAUGUAUAGUCCCUUCUUUACUUUGUAUAAAGAUCAAUAAGAUUAUUUAUUAUUUUGUGCCUGCCAUUUUGUGCAGUGUUACAGAUUUUUAGAUGUUGUUCAGAAUUCAGAUUUUAUGUGUACAGGAUCUAUAAGAUAUGUCAUUUGUUACAGCCAAA